CAACGGCACAUGUUUUCACGCUAGAACUGCAGGGGUGUAUUUCUCUCUAGCCUUUUUCGACGUAAAUAAGCUAUGGCAGAGGAAGAAAAGAGUGUGGAAGUAAAGCAAGAGUCUUCGGAAGGCAACGCUAAACAUCGGCGUCGAUCAAGAAGUCCAGUACACCCGCCAGGACGGCGCGGGCGCGGAGGACGCGGCCCCGGGGGUCGUGGAGGUGGUCGAAGGUUCGGUGGCUACAGCGGUUAUAGAGGCUUCGAUCGCUCUGCAGACGAUAUCGACAACACGACCAACAGCGAGGACCCUCACUUGAAGCGUGCGCGGCUGUUUGUCGGGAACAUCACGACCGAGAACGUCACUAGGCGGGAUCUUGCUCAGCUCUUUGGGCAGUACGGUGGGGUCCUGGGCGUCUCCAUACACGGCGGCUUCGCCUUCGUCCAGAUGGAACGAGAAAGGGACGCAAACCGUGCCAUCAUUUGCGAGGACGGCCAGCAGUUCAAGGGAAGUAAAAUUCGUAAGUUCAUUUUUCACCUCUUACGAAAUAUCACACCUUUAUAAUGCUUUAUGUAGUGUGCGCUAACUCCUUGUCUUUACUGCUCUUUGCCUUUUCUUCUUGUGACUUGCUAGAUGUUGAGUUCUCACAGGCUGCCAAAGAGGCUGGAGCAAGGAGAGGCCAGCCCCGCAGUCGGUCCCCGCCACCUCUGCCGAGAGAGAGGGAGAGGGACUAUGCCCCGCCUCCUCCCCCUCGUCUUGACGACCAUCGACUGGCCUACGAGGAUAGACUUGAGCGUCUCCUGAUAAUAGAACGCGAGAUGGCCUACAUGCAGGCUCGCGAGGAGCUUUACAGCGAGGUGCUCACUAGGAGCCAGCUUGACCCACCUUCGAUGUACGAUCAACGUCGAGAUGAUGGCUAUCACAGCAGGCCCCCUCUUUCCCCACCGCCACCUCCUAACCCCUACUCUUCGUCCAGGGACAGGGACUACCCUGGAGAUCGCAACGACCGCGGAGGAGGGCUCGACGACAGGCGACCUUACUAUAGCAGGUCCGAAGCUUCAGGCAUGUCUCUUCAUGGUUCAGGGCACGAUUCUCGCCCCGAGCCACUCUUGUCCUACCCUCUGCCCCGAAACCGUGCCGGUAACAGUCAUCGCGGGGCGGACUUGCUUGCUGGGGCCUACGGAGGUGCCGCAACCAGCGGGAAGAGCGUCGGUUACGGCAGCGGGAGCUACGGCUCGUCGAAAACCCCGGCCAGCGGAGGGUCCCUUGGAAAGUCUUCGUCGGGUGGUGGCUGGCCCGAUUACGCACGAGGAGGAGGAGGAGGAUCUAGUGGCGGUCGCAGUGGGCCCUACUCUGGCGGCGGUGGUGGUGGUGGAUACUGGAACUGAAGAGAAAUCCAUUCAAAGAACGACUGAUUCUAGGGUGUAAAGACGGACCCACAUUGUAUAUAAUAUAUAGCUUAGGUUGUAGUAUAUACAUAGCUCUUUGCGUGCGCAUGAAACUUCCCCAGUUGUACAAAGCUCUUGACUUGUGUAAGUUAGUGUACAUGCACUCUAUUAUACGCCAUUUGUUUUUGCAUUAUUAUUAUGUACACACAAAUAUGAUG